AUGCCCUCUAUCGUAAAUGCUAGCAGUUUAGCAUUGAGAUGAGCUUUAUUUAUUUACUAUCAGAAGCAAACUUUUCUGUAAUAUAAUUAUUAGUGAAAAGCAUAUAACUUAUUUCUCUUGUUAUAAGAAUUCUGUUGCGAAAGGUAGGAGCAGCUAAAAGUUUCGUACUUCUAAUUUCGUAUAUCGAUUAGAAUUUAUAAAUUGUGUCAUGUAAAAGUGCUUCAGAGUGUUCAGUAAAAGUGUUCCCUAAUUUAACAUUUCGUUAACUGGUACUUCUUUUCUCCUUUUAAUUUAAAACUAUAAAUUCUCUUCAUUUUUAUUUAAUGAUUUCUAUAUAUUGUGUAUUAUAAAAUUUUGUAUUAACAAUUAUAAAAUUAAGUGUUGUUUAUAGUAGUAUUUUGAUAUAUAUAUACACACACACACAUGCACACACACAUAUCUCAUAUAUAUGUAUAAAUAAAUGGUUUAAAAACCGUUAUCUGUAUUUUAUUUUCAUAGUUUUGUUACUUUAAAAGUAUUUUUAUUAUUAAAACUUAUAAUGUUUAAAAUUAACGAAUUAAAUUUAUUUUAUAAAUAUAUAUUUUAUUUCUUGGUAAAGUAAUUUUACAUGUUAUUAAUUAAAUAUAAUAUUGUGUAGCUAUGUCUAAUGAGGAGCGUUUGAAGAAGCUACUAUCUGACUUAGGUAAAGCUACAUUACGUGGAAUUCGCAAAUGUCCAAAAUGUGGAACUUAUAAUGGAUCUCGUGGUCUGUGUUGUAAAAACAAAUAUUGUGAUGCAGUAUUUAAGGAACCUGGUGAAAAAAGAAAAUUAUCAACAGAGGCAUGUAAACUUAUUACGGGCACAACUGCCCAAGUAUUUUCUGUUAGAGUACGCGAUAAAGGUCCAGAUUAUCGUGGAUUUGUUCAAUUACCAUUGAUAAAUGCUACAAUUUCUAAUGAAAUGACAACACUUAUUUCACAAUCCACUGCAUUAUGUUUUGUUGAUAGUUGUGAAAGAAGUUUUGAUACUAGUGUUCUUAAAUGUCAUGAAAAGAAUUCGUCCGAUGUACCUGUGUCUGCAUGUCAACAUAUACAGGCAGCUUUAAGAUGCUAUGCAGAAGCGCAACCAUUAACUUUAAGGAAUUCUAUCCUAUCGUCUUUGAAUGUAAAUAAUGAAAUGAAACAAGAAAUUUGGUUGCUUGCUACAGAAACUUCAGGCCCUUUAGUACAACGUGUGUCCAAAAAUAUAAUGGCAGUAAAAUGUAAAGCUUCACCAAAACAUCCAUUAGGUUAUCUUCAUUUUUCUUUCUUCGUUACAAAAUUAAAAGAUAGAAUUGAGCAUCGUUAUUUUUGUUCUUGUUCCACAUUUAAAGGUAUAGGUAAAACAGUAGGAGAUAAACCAGAUAUGGCACAGUCUUUUCAAAAUAAACGUUGUGUACAUUUUUAUGCUUGUAUUUGUGCAUUUGCUAGUGAUGCAAAACUAUCGGAAGAAUUUAGUUAUUACAUUAACUUAGAUCAGAAUGAUUUAAGUAUAUCAAAACCAUUAACAACAGUAUUGCAAAAUGAUGAACAAGAUAAAAUAGUAGGCAUUGAUCUUGAUGGCUUAACUACGGAUGAUACAGAUACACAUCUUUUAAUAUUUCGAGAUGAUACUUUAACAGUUCAAAAUUUAGAUGGAAAUAGAUUAGAUUUGGAUUCCAUGAAUUUAGAAUCUACAAUUCUACCACAUAGUAUUGUUGAAAAUAUUGAAGUAGAAUGUGAUCGUACCUUAUUAGAAGAUAAUAAUAUGAUAUCACAAGUGAAUAAUUUAGAAGUAAUUAAUGAAGAUGGUGUACAACUUGGUGGAAGCACUGUUAAAAUAAUGGAUGAUCAGACAAGUAUAGAUUCUAAAUAUAAUGUGCUUAAUAAUAGUCAGUACAUAUUAAAUGAUAAUAAUAUAAAGAUACUAAAUACUGGAACUUUAAAAGUUCUUGAUACAAAUGCUAUUUUAAAUGUAAAUAAUAUGAAAUUAAUUGAUACGAAUACCGUUUCAAAUACUACUGGAGUAAAAAUAGUAGAUAAGAAUAUGUUAGUACAAUAUGAUACUGGAAGUAUAUCAAAUACGGAAAGUAUAGCACAGCCGAUUUCGACAAAGCGAAAAAGGGAUGAUAAACCAACAAGCACAAAUAGCACAAGUCUGAAUAAUUUAAGCUCAAUAGAACCAAGAAAAGCUAAAACAAAAUUACAUAUUGUUAAAAAAUAUCAAAAUCCUUGUGAAGACCUAGAUGAGGCUAACAUAAAUUUACCUUUCAUUAAAUGGCUUGCAUCGAUAACAGAAAGAAUAAAUCAGACUAUGCAUUUUCAAUUCGAUGGAAAACCAGAUCCUUUAGUAUUUCAUGUACCACAAAUAUUUUUUGAUUGUUUACGAGAAAGGAUAUCUUGUGGUGGUAAAAAAAAACGUUUGCCAAAUUCGACAACUGCAUUUGUUAGGAAAGAUGGUGUGCCGUUAGGUACUUUUACCAAAUAUACGUGGCAAAUUACUAAUAUUUUACAUGUUAAAAGUAUUUUUGAAACGCCGCUUAUACCUUUGGAAAUUACAAGAAGUUUUGUUCAAAACGCAGAUGGUACAUAUGAAUUAUAUAAAAGAGAAGAAACGGAAAUAGAUCGAUAUAAAAAAACCAAUAAUAAUGCAUUAAUUAAGCCCCUAGAAUUAAAAACAUAUUUGAAAGUUGGAAAUACUUCUCCAAAUCAAGUUGAACCAACACCAUUCUUAAUAGAAUGGAUACCAGAUAUUUUACCAAUAUCAAAAAUUGGUGAACUUAGAAUUCGAUUUGAAUUUGGUCAUGUGAAAAAUGAGACAAACCAUAGAUGGAGGAAAAUAGCACUAUUAAAGAAUUAUUAAAUUUUAUAUAUUUGUAUUUAUAUUAUAAAAUUUUCACUUUCCUAAUGAUUGAUGAAGUAAGAUAUGGACAAAAACAAACGAGAAUCAUUUUAUGAGUAAUUUUCUAUAUUUCGAAGAUAAUUUAACACUUUGACGUCUGGUGACACCAACUUGGUGUCAAACCGUUCGUUAUUUGCCGAUGGUAGCACGUUAGAGUUGAAAGGAAGUUGGUGCAGAGUGUCUUGGAAUGAUCGUUACUCUGUUUAUACAAUUCUUUCAUUCGCGAACUGCUCUUGGCCUUACAAGCUCCGGACAAGCGAAAAUCUAACUUGUUCUUUUCGGAGCUUUCAAGAAACUUCGGUUGAUGUGUAAAUCUUGCAAAGUUGUGUUACAUUUAAGGGACUGUUUUGCUAGGUAUCAUCAAAAAGAGAAAUAUUAAAUGAAUGCAGAAUUUAGUUAAAAUGGAGUUAUUUUUUUUUUAUAAAAAAAUAUAUAAUUAAGCUAGAAUAUAUUGUUUUUUUUCAAUAAUCUCGAUAAAUCAUAUUUAUUUACAUGUAUCAUUUCAUAAAAAGCAGCUAAGUUUUAAGUAAUUAUGUUGCUUAAUUACGUGCUUUGUACAUUUUAAUGAACAACUUUGCAAAAAGUUCCGGUGACAGAAAAGAAAGUUUUCGUGAACCGUGCAGAUGUGAAAGUGUUAAUAUAUCAGACUUUUGUUAAAAGAAGAUAAUGGAUGGAAUAUUUUCAUCUUUAUGCAAGGUGAUUGAAAAUAUCAUAAAUAAUUUUUGUUAGUUUCUAAAGUAAUAAUUAAAGAAUUAAAGACUGAUCUAAUUUUAUUGUGUCCUUUUAUAAAGAUAAAAAUUAGAGAAAUUGAGAUUUUUCAUAGAAUAAUUGAUUCAUAUUUUCGUGAUAUGAAGAAUGAUUAUAUUAUUAGGCUGUGUUCCAUAAUGAAUGGAGGAAUAUUGGAUUUGUAUUUAUCGUUUGCUGUUCUUUGAUUAAAAAUUGUUUGGUAUCUUUGGGUAUUUUUUCACUAGAAUCCCGUUGGAAAAAUAUUGUGGAUGCAAAUGAUCUAUUUUGUUUAAAAUGUUCAAAAACAUAAAUGUUUAUAAAAAUUCAAUAUUUUAUAUGACAUGACCUAAUACAUUAUCAAUAUCUUCUGUGCAUCAGAAGAAUUCAUGAUGCAAUAUAUCUGUUAAUUAAUUUAUUGGAGCUGAACAUAGCAAAAAUUAUGUUAAUAUUAUUGUCAACAGUGUGCUAAAUUAUUAUUGUAUAAUAAUGUGAUAUAUUGUAAAUAUAUAUACUUUAGAUUGAAUGCUGUUA